AUGGCAGAUGACGUGAAAACAACACGAUGUGAGUGCGUUUCUAUAGUAACAGGAGAUAGUGAGUACGCGCGUGAGUUCGCGAAAUUCGCGAUAUGUAGCGCAGAGAACAACAUGGGUACAGCUGGUAGUUGUAGUAGAGGUGAGUUUUCUAGGUUCAUACUUUCCUCAUUUGAACCAGGGAAAUGAUCUUAGCUAUUCUUUCAUCACAGGUGAAGUCAUUCAGAACGAAAUACCCACGUUCAAGGUUGUUCUUGUCGGUAAGUUUUGCACAUUCAAUUCGAUCUUUUGAUGAGUGGCUGAUACAUGUAGCUCCCUGAGUGUGUUGUUCGAUAGUUUUAAAGCGAAGGCUUGCAAACUUUAUGCUUCUCUUCGUGAGAGAUGUGGUCCCAGAUACAAAUAGAUAAGGUCGUUUUAAAACCAAUAACUUUUUCAGCAAAUUUACUGAAUAUACAAGCUCACGACCAAUGUUUAUCGCAAUACAAUUAUGCGAAGCUAUUUACUCAAAACAGAUUUCACAUUAUAUUGAAUUGUCUUGUUGAUGAAGCAAGGAUUACGUAAAUGAGGAAUGUUUUUCGAUGAUCAGAUAGGGAAAACGUAACUUUCCUUUAAGAACUUGUGCUUUUUUUGCACUGUUUACCGAGUUAAAUGUUAGACGGGGCUUGCACGGAAUUUUUCCAAUUGGAAACGCAACCGUAUUUGGAAGUCUGAAAUUUCCGUUGACAAAAAUUAAAAUUUUCUUUCAUUUGACUUUUAUCAUCUAUCAAGAGAUGAAGACCUUUGUGGAAACUUUCGCUUUAAAAAAAAAAAAAACCCCGAAACUGUCUAUAGCAACGGGCAUCAAAGAGUCUCGGUAUACCACACUGAACAGAUCGAUAUUGAGUGGGAAGUGCUAAGUACUAACAGGAAAGUAAUUAGUGCCAGGGAAGGUUUUAUUUUUCUUAUUACAAGGAAAUUAGAUCGUAGGGCUCUUUAAAGUGAUGAAAAUUUUACAGCAAAUAAUCUAUGACAGUCUGUCAAAAUGGCGCGAGACUACACCAUUUGAUAUAAAUUUGGAGAUUAUGGAUUGAGAUACGACAUAGUGCAGCUUGUUACUGGUAAUAACUCUUACUCGGCUCUCAUAAUUCGGAUGGAAAGGUUCUUAUUAAGUAGCGUUCCCCUCUUGACUCUGGAUUUAAAGGUACUGGUGUAUGACCAAUGGAAUGUUUAUUGAGUUUUUUCAUCAUGACAGCCAAAUCAAUUGUCUUGCGAAUAUUGCUUUUCUUCACCAAAGACUUUACUAUAUAUAGCCGGGAGACUGUAGAAUUUGGGUCAAACUCAAGCCGGAACUAGCAUGUUUGAGCUGAUUUCUUUGCAGUAAACACAAUGUGGGUAGCAUACCUCUCUGUCUAGUAAAGUGAAAUAAAAGUAAAUUUUUUUUUGUGAUUGAUUUAAGGUGACCCUGAAGUUGGAAAAUCCAGUAUAUUUUUACGCUACACAAAAAACCAGUUUGACUACAGUUAUCAGCCUAGUGUCUCUGUGAGUAUUGGAAAUAUUGUCAAGCAUGUCAACGUCCCAUUUGAGACCAUUGUGUCUGUGGCAUUAUGGGACCUUCCUGGGCGAGAGGAAAUGGACUUGCGAAGAAGCUAUUACAAGGAUGUGGAUGCUGCUAUUGGUAAGAAGUACAACUCAGGGCCUAAUUAUACGGUCUUGGGUAACCAACACAACCCUCCCAUGAGUUUGAAAAUUCAACCAAUCAUUUUUAUAGGUAAUAGCAUGAUUUCCAGUGAAAUUUGGUGUUAAUAAGCACAAAUAUAUUUUUUCAAAGACAAUAAAAUUGCAAUUUGUAGUCUUUAAAAAUUUACAAUUGCUUAUUACACCAAGUUGCAAGAGAAUUAAAUCAUGUUAUUACUUGUUAAUACUUUACAUGAAAAAAGCAUCACAGAAAGUCAAGACAGACAAAAUUUUAAAAGCAUGCACAAGCUAUUUCUAAUUUGCACUUGUGUUAGAACUUUGCAUUUGUGUUAUAUGAGAUUGCACUCAUUUUCAGCCAAUCAUAAGUGCAUAAUUUUUUCAUGUACAAUGUUAACAUGAAAACCAUGAACUUGUCUUGAGGGGUAAGGGGAUUUAAGAGGGCAAGUUGUUUCACCUUAGCAGGUAGGAUAACCCCUCAGGUCUGUCAACUUUUCCUUAUAUAAACACUUUGGCUUGCAUGCCUGAGAUGUGACGGCUCAAAUUGUGUCCAAUAUUUAACCUGGCUAGCUGUUGCAAGAGAGACCAAUAAGGGAAAAGCUGUUACAAUUCACAACUCCAUGUAAAAAUCUCCUUUGAAGUUGUCUUGAGGGGAGGGUUGUGAUAUAAUAUAAUUAGGGUAAUUUUUAUCGUUCCCUUGUUCCUUUGUUUGAGGUUACUAUGCGAUAGAUGAUUUUAAUUAUUUACUUAAAAGAAUCAGAAUAUUUCACGGUACAUUUGAAUUUCUCAGUAGAUUAAAUGGGUCAAUACAUCAUCAUGAUGGUAAAUUUCCUUAUUUGUACUGCUCAGUUACAUAUGAUAUGCAGUCAUUUUAAAUUAAAAUUUGUGAGUUCUCUCUUCCUUUUAGUUGUUGUUGACAUGGAUGACAUUGACUCUGUGACUAUGGCUGGAACCUGGAAACAAGACAUUGUAAAUAAUGCCGUAUUUACAGCCAAUAAUGGAAAUAUAAAGGAAAACAUUGCAGAUUCUAAACUGAUACCAAUUCUACUUUUGGGGAACAAGAUGGAUAAGGUAAACUAUUAGUAAGAUUCAUUGAAUAAAGAGGGUGAAUCUCCAAAGAAACUGUGGUGCUGUGUCAGUAACAGAGUAUAAAAGGUAAUUUAGUAUUAUCAACUGAGUUGAUAAUGUAAAUCGGCCAAUGUAAAGAAUUUCAAAAUUAAAGUUGCAAGUGAACAACAAAGGGUUAACAUUUGAAAUGUCAGCUUUGAAACUCUUUACAGUGGCCAUUCUAUGUUGUCAACUCACUUGAUAAUACUAAAUUACCUUUAGAUUCAUUAUUGAGUUUUGUGCAGAGGUUUAUUUAUGCUUUCAAAGAACUGGUAGUCAUGUUCUUGCUAUACUAGGGAGAUUCACAAAGAUAUCACCAUUCUUAGUAAAUAUAUUGUGGUUCAAAAUGUAAUAUGUUUGAAGCCAGUUUGAUUUUUCUUUUUCUUUGUCUUGUAUUCAUUAUUUUAGAUCGUAAUCUAAAACACAGGGGAAAAAAUUUUAAACUGGCUUGAAAAGUUUUUAAAUAAGGAAAACUUUAAACUGAAGCUGAUGCCAACCAAGCCUCAUUUUGCUUGAAGGAAAAUGAGUAAACUUUUAAAAAUUGUUCUCAAGUUUCAAAUACUUGCAACUUAAUUUUGCAGCUCAAAUAUCACAAGACUGAAGAAGAAAGAAAUGAUGAUGAUGAUGAGAUGUCUUACUUAGAAACAGUGCGAGUACUGGAGGGUGUGGCAUUACAACAUGGCUUUGUUGGAAGGUAACUGUUGGGCAUUUAACUGCUCUUGAGACACCCCCCUUCCCCCCAGUCCUUGUGGAUAUUUUUUUAAUCCUGAUCAAUUCCUAAUUCACUUUAAAUUUAUUGUUAACAUGAAAUUGUCCUCAACCCCAUGUUAGGAGUUUUUUUAUUUUUGUUAUUAUUAUUAUUAUUUAGAGGAGGAUGUCAGACACUGCCAUUACAGCAUGGUACUAAUACAGUAGUAAUAGUAGUAGAUCGCUUUCAUAUUCACAGUCGUUUUAGCUCAUUUAUUAUUGAUAGCCGGGAAAAAAAAGGAGCCUUGACAAAAGCAUACAAAUUCUCGCUAAAAGCUGAAAAAUUAUUUUGAAUCCUGUUCAUGUAAUAUUAAAUAAGACUUGAUAAGUAGAUGAUGUAUAAUUUGUCUUCAUCCUUUGUCUGUUAGCUCUGAUCUAAGGGUGAAUAUUCUAAAUUGUAGUGUUUGUUCUCCAGUGUUACAGUGUCAGCCAAAGAGAGUGAUAACAGUGUACAUGCUGCAAUCCAGUCGCUAAUACGACAUCUGUUGCAACAGAAAAUGAAGAAAAAGAAACUUACUUCAAAGGGUGGGAAACUCAGCAAGAAUGAUCUGGAACUUGAGGAGAAAAACUAUGUAACCAUAAGUCCUUUGGAAAUUUCAGAGAAAAAGGAGUUUAUUCCACUUAUUGUUACCAAAGUGUCUGAGGUAAAUGAGUUGCUAUCCUCUUUCAGUCAAGGGUUUAAAGUUCUCAUUGUUCACUUUGCCAAUAUCUGAUUUUAUUUGUUUCAUACAGUUUGAUGUGUUCUUUGCUGAGUGUAAUAACCCAAUUGAGACUGUUCAGAACACAAGUACAGGACUACUUGAUGCCAUGAACAAUUUUAAGAGAGCUUGUAGUAGGGCAGGUGUUACUAGCAGUACAAAGGCAAGUCUUGAAGAGUGUAUAGAUGGACUGAAGCAGUUGAUAAGGACAGAUGAUGAUGAAGAUGCAUUGGAGGUUAGCUUGGAUAGUUUGUGAUAUCUACAUCCAAAUUCUUCUUUAUUGCAACUAGAGAUUGAGAUUAAUAGCCUGAAGCAUUUGGAAUAAGACAACAGUCACGGUGAAGAGUCCUCAUUAAGACACUUCUGAUAAGCAAAAGCAUGCAUAAGUAGUGUGUCACUUUUGCCAUGGAGUUCCUUUUUCUUUCUCCCCAACAUUGUCUAUUAUAAUAAAGUUCUUUGAUGGAAAAGAUUAUAAGCUUUGUGAAAUGCAAUGUCAAUUUUCCUUGUCAAGGUUCUUCAGUAUAUACACUUAUUGAAAAAAGUGAUAAGCAUUCUAUGCACUGUGCCUUUGGUAUGUGUUUGGAAGGUGUCACUUUCAAGGACUUUGAAUUAAGAUUUUCCAAUAUUAAAGAUUCAUAUAUGGCAUGGCUUGGCUGCAUUGUGAUGCAAUAGUCAUCUGAUAUAUUGAAGAUACAAUUUUUGUUCAGUUCACCUCUGGCCUUGCCACCUAAUUUUUCUUCCAGUGAAUAUAUUGCUGACAAUUUCCCACAUUAUUGAUGUUCAUGUAUCAGUCAUCCUUGAAGUACUUUUAACCUUUCCUCUCCAGGCACAUGAAGAUGGAGGGUACAUAAAGUUGUUAGUGAAAGAAGAAGUGAAAGAGCGUGUCAGUGGCCCAGUACAGAGAGUUUUGAACUCAUUCCACUCAGAGGUAAGAACUUUUGUUCAGUAUUUUAUUAUCAGCAAAAUUUAUUUAAAUGCAACAAACACUUUACUGAUGUCUCAACAGAGGGCCCUUUAAGGCAUCUAUUUUCUCAUUACAAUAUCACCCCUGAAUCCAACAUUAAGGUCAUGAGAAUAAAGGAAAUGAUCAUAACCAAAUAAGCUCUUGAUUGUUAAACAGAUUCUCCUUGUUAGGGCCUUUGGAAAUAUAUCAAGAACAAUACGGAGAAUAUGCAGAUUGAUGUUAGUGUGUAAAGGGUUAAUUAAGGAAGGGGGCUUAACAUGGAGGGAGUAAUGAUGUUCAGGGGAUACUAAGUCAUUUUUAACUUUUCAACAAUUUUUAAAAAUGGUCUGACAUAAUACUCAGUUCAUUUUUAUUUUGUACAGCUGCAUGUUACCAUUAGAUAGUUAGUAAUAAGGGAUAGUGGUGGGACUUUCAUUCAGAAAAUGCCAUUUCUUCUUCUUCCUCACAAUCAUUGACCUUAAUAUAUUUUUCUUUGCUUUCUGGCAGGUUGGUGCUGCUUCAAAAAAAGUUUUAGUUCAGUGUCCUGGUGCUUUAAACAGCCUUCGUGAAAAUGAAGAUAAAAUAAAUGAACUAAAAGCUACAGCAUUUGAGCGUGCUACAGCUCGAGGGAUGACACAGAGGAGGGCUAAGGCAGCAGUCUGCAAUAUUGACGCUAACUGCACCAGAAUAGGAGAAGCUGUGGCUACAGCAAUGGAAACCAUGACAGCUGUUGAUAAUGACUAUAAAAAGAUUAAGGCAGCUAUGUUGUGGUAGCUAGGUACCUGCAGUAUUUUUAUUUAUGAGCAUGUUUAUGAGACAGUAACCCAGCAAUGGCUAGCUAUGGAACCACACCCACACUGGAAUUAGAUUAUUCUAGAAGACUCCUUUAUCUUCUAAGAGUGUACCUAUCUGGAAGCUUGAGUUAUAAUGACACCCCUUUUGUAACAGGCACCUCACCUUCAUAAACCGAACCCUUUCAGUGGGUCCCUACAACUUAACACUCCUGUGCAUGAACACCUCUCUCAGAACACCUGUGCUGGCUAGGGCUUGAUUUCCAUUGCUCUGUCUCAGCUGGUCUUCAAGUAGAGGAUAAAUAUUAGUUCGUCUUUUAAAUUGGAAAGAGUUGAUUACAUAACUAUUUAAUAAAAUCAAUCUAAUGUCUAGCAACCCCAGGUCACCCCAAUGUCUUUCUAUGAUAUUUAGUACAAAAUUUUCAAUUUUUCAAAAAAUUUGAGAAUAUAUUUCGUGCAAUUAUUCAGCGCCAUAGUAAAUAUUGUAAGGAACAAGGAGGGAGUUUUGAAAAGGCUUUAUGCAAAAAGAUCCUCUAGACCAUGAAAAAAAAAAUGUUGAAAGCAUUAGAGUUUUUAUUUAUCAUGAAGGGUUGUGGUGUUUUUUAGUCAAGUUCCUCGUACCAAGUUAUAUAUAUAUAUAGUAUGGAAUCUCUUUUGAUAUUCCAACAAACAAACAAAAACAAGGGGAAAAUAUUUAUACUAUAGAAACAUGAGUCCAGGAAAGGACUUUAACAAUAAUCUGUUCUUCCCAGUUUCUCCUAAUUUAUACCACUUGUUGUAUUAUUUCUCUUAACUUAUUAUUACAUUAAUGUUUGUAUACUCAUUAUUUUACAAAACUUGAAUAAUGCACCAAGUUGAUGAUUAACUUGCUCAAAAUAACAGCAAAUUGACCAAUUAACCCUUUACACCUUAACAUCAGUUUGUAUAUUCUCAAUACUGUUCUACAUGCACUUCCUUUAGUACUGGCAAUGAGAAUUUGUUUAACAAUCACAAUAUAUAUAUAUAUAUACAUACAUGAAUAUGGGAGUAGAGUCUACCUUGGCAUAAAGUGCUUAAUGCUGUGGUAGCAGAGCUAAGUAUAGAUAAGUUAAAGAAUUAAAGAGGACGC